CAGAGGAAAGAAUGAUAAAACGUCAGACAACGGUUGGACCAAAGCUGUACUGCUUAGUUAAGCUCUGGUGGCGGUAGUGUUAUUUCCUGCCAGAUUCGUACUCGCCGGCGCCAUGAUGUGAACGCAGUUCCGGUGAAGAGACGUGUUUGUGUUCAGUUGAUCUAGUUUCUCAAGUGAACAUCUCGGGAGAAAAACGCUUCAGUCAUGGCUAUGCAAGCAGCCAAACGGGCGAACAUUCGUUUGCCACCAGAAGUAAAUAGAAUACUGUACAUCAGAAAUCUACCGUACAAGAUCACGGCAGAAGAAAUGUAUGACAUCUUUGGGAAAUAUGGACCGAUACGACAGAUCCGAGUUGGAAACACACCAGAGACCAGAGGAACUGCCUACGUAGUGUAUGAAGACAUUUUUGAUGCCAAGAAUGCCUGCGAUCACUUGUCAGGGUUUAACGUCUGCAACAGAUACCUUGUUGUUUUGUAUUACAAUGCAAACAGAGCCUUCCAGAAAAUGGACACAAAGAAAAAGGAGGAACAGCUGAAACUUCUAAAAGAAAAAUACGGCAUCAACACAGACCCACCAAAGUAGUUCUGUGUUCAGCCCUUGUUCCUUCCUAAAUCCCAGUCCCUUUAUAAAGGUUCCUAAUGUUACACAUUUGAUGUAAAAUAUCUGCUGCAGUGAUUUUCUUUUAUGAUGUUUUCAGUUGUUUACCUAUGGGACACAAUGUUUUAUUGAAACUGUUUUGCUCAUAUAAGCGGUGUUAAACUGCAUAGAUGAUUAGUCUGAUUUUGGUUGUUAUGGUGUAAUUGAUAUAUUAAAGUGAUUC